AUGUCAAAGGACUCAGUUGCUAAUAUCAGAAGCAAUGUUUGCAAGACAUCUAUUUUAUUAGCAAAAGAGAAAGGGGGAAAUGUAGUUGAGCCAUUGAAAAAAGUUUUAUAAUCUCUUUGUGAUGAUUAAGAUGCAGAGGUUAAAUAUUAGGCAAAAAGUGCUUUAGAAUCAUUAUGA